AUGAAGGCUGCGAUCUUGGCUGCGCUCGCAUCCGUGGCUGCGGCCACGGGCACCAUUACUAUCAAAAACAACUGCCAGGGUGCCAUCGGCAUCCAGAUCGACAGUCAAGGCACUCAAGGUCAAUCCCAAGUCAUCCAGGCCGGAGGAAAUAUGGAAACGGAUCUUUCUGGUGCACCUGGACAAGCUGUCAAGUUUUCGACAAGUGGAGACUUCGCGCACCCCAUCAGCUUCGACUAUACCAUCGACUACCAGGACGGCAAGGUUUACUACGACGUUAGCGACGUAGCGGGCCAUCCUUUAGAUGUCUACGUCAAGCCGGCAGACGACUCAUGCCCAGAAGUCUCUUGCCCAGCGUCGUGGCCCACGUCUGUCUGUAACCAGCCGAGGACAUGCUACCCAAGCUCGAACUAUGUGAUCGAGCUCUGCGAGUCAACUCAUAGCACUAUCACGAAGGCGCGCAUGCGGCGAAGUGUCAAGAUGGCAGCGGGCAUGCUUUGA